GAUAAAGAUGAAAAGGAUAAAGUCGAAAAGGAUAAAGUCGAAAAGGAUAAAAACGAAAAAGAUGUAGAAAAGGACAAAGAUAAACUAAAUGAGAAUAUAAACGACACAGGGAAAGGCAAAGAAAAAGAGCUAAAGAGGAAGAAAAGCAACGAUGAUAAUGAUGACUUAUUAGAGAAAAAACGAAAAGCAUCAACAGAAGAAGUAACCGAACAAAAUAAAAGAAAGAAUGUAGAUAAUCCACCGCCCAAGAUUACAUUCACUAUUCCAUCAAAGACAAAAAAUACAUCAUUUAAUACUAACACCAGCAUUAAACUUACUCCAAAGCCCCCAUCAUCAAAUGUUGAUUUAACAUCUAUAUUAAAGAUGGUUGGAAAGCAUUCUACAUCAUCAAAUACACCUUCUUCACCUAACUUAUCCUUAUCUAAAUACCCGCCAAUUGCACCUAAAAACAUAAGCUAUCGUGCACCUUUAAACUUAUUUUCAGCAAUACCUUCAAAUCAUAAUAAUUUAGAAUCUAAUCAUGAACAAAAAUCAAGCUUAAUACAAUACAAUAAUUUGCCAUCUCAUUAUACGACUACUUCUACUCCAGUAAAACGAAUAUUACCUAAUAAUCGAGAUCCUAGAUUAGAUCCACGUAUUACAACAACAGUCGAAAGUCCAAAAAGAGUAAACUUCCAAAGCACACCUUUUCUAUUUCAAGGAGUUAUUUCAAAAGGGGGGAAGUAUAUAUCAUCUAUCACUUUAGAAGGAAAGCAGCAUUGUUAUCAUAAAGAACAAAUACAAGAACUGAUUUCUACUUCAGGGAAAAAUAAAGAAAUUAGAAAUGAAAUUUGUAUAUCUUCCUUUUUACCUUUAAAGAGGUUAAAUGAUUUUAUUGGUAAUAGAGAACUAAGCUUUAUGGCUAUUUCAGCAAAAGAUCAAAUUGUAGAAAUUAGCAAAUUAAAGAGUUUUAUGCAAGUGAAUGAAAUUGUUGGAGUUGUUUCCCAUGCUAAUAAGCCUACAGAAGCACUUGUUAUUUUACCUACGUCUGAAUUAAAAAAGUUGACAAAUUUAACAGCAGAAACAGACUUGGAGGUGAAAUCUUAUAAUCAAAUAUGCGCUAUCUAUUUAGAUAAUUUAUCAAAAAGACCUAAAAUAAUGGAUGAAAUGGAAUAUGAGAAUGAAGAUGAAUUAGAGUCAUCUCAAUUAUUUUUAUGGAAUAGAGUGGCAUCCUAUCUAAGAUUUCCUACUCGUUUAAAGGCAUUAAGACCAUUAUCACAAUUCCUUGUAUAUGGUCAAUCUGAAUCCUCACUCAUGUUAAGAAGAGCUUUAGUGAAUGAAAAGAAUCAAAGUUCAAUACAAACUAAUCCUACAAAUAAGCAAUAUGUUAUGAUGUUUGAUAGAUACAAUGGAAUGCUUUUUAAUAGAAGCAUGUUGAAGCAUAAAAAGGAACCUACAACACAAAUAUGGGAAUUUGGUGUCCAUGAUUUAUCUAGUGAUGAAAUAGCUUCUGCUUGCGAAGUGUUUCCUAAUAAUACAGGAGGUUUCAUUACAACUGAUAUAGAGAAUAUUGUAAAUAAUCCAGACAUCAUUAAUACCAUUUCCAGACAAAUUAAAAAGUUUAAUGAAUAUUCAAUUGCUUAUGGAGAAUGGAAGUUUAUUUUACCAAAUAAUUUUAUUUAUCAUUUAGAUCAAGCUAUCCGAAAUAAGAAAUUGACAGAAAAAAUGCAAACAGCGAUUAUUGAAGUGACUGUAGCCCUAACUAAAAAUACAAUUCAAAUCAUGAAAUUAUGGCCCGAGGAACAAGAAGACAUGAGCUUUAUUCAUUUUAUGGAAGGUAUCCUUCAGAGCUAUUAUAAGAAUUAUCAGCAUUUUGUCUAUGUAGAUGAUAUUUUAUCUGUUUCUGAAGAUAAAAGAAAGCAUCAUUUAUCUAUUGAUUUUGUACAAAGUGACCAAAUUUACAAUAUUUAUAAAUAAAUUUGCGCAUAAUAAUUUCCAUUGCUAGCCGUCCUAUUUUAAUUUUAAACGCAGCCAUCGCUAUUUUAG